ACGUCCCCUACACCACAGAUCCGCCAUCAUCGUCAAUAUCCCUCCCCCCUCGAGGCAAUUGCUUCCAUCAUAAGACCCUACACUCACUACGUUUCCCAACCAUGGCAUCACUCCGCUCCCUGGGACUUAUAUCGGCCCGCCCCACUCGCACGCUCCUAGCAUCAUCAAAAUCGCAUACACUCCUUCUCCCCGCCUCUUCGAUACUAGCUACCCACCACUUUUCCACUUCCCACAUUGCGAGAUAUGCUACUCCAAGAGGGCCUCUGCCAUCGGGACUUCGUACCAACCGCACGCCAAAUUGGGAGGAGGGGGAGUCAGCACUCGACAAAGCUGGACGCAUAUUCCUCAUGACGGAAAUGUUGCGGGGGAUGUAUGUAGUGUUGGAACAGUUCUUUAGGGCUCCGUAUACUAUCAUGUAUCCGUUCGAAAAGGGACCUAUAUCCCCACGCUUCCGCGGCGAGCACGCAUUGCGGAGAUAUCCAUCCGGUGAGGAGCGCUGCAUUGCCUGUAAGCUUUGCGAGGCCAUAUGCCCCGCAUUGGCGAUCACGAUCGAAGCGGAGGAGCGAGAGGAUGGGAGUAGGAGGACUACUAGAUACGAUAUCGAUAUGACAAAGUGUAUCUACUGUGGGUUCUGUCAGGAAUCCUGCCCGGUGGACGCUAUCGUAGAAUCCCCCAAUGCGGAAUACGCUACCGAGACACGAGAGGAAUUACUCUACAACAAGGAAAAGCUUCUCUCAAACGGAGACAAGUGGGAGCCCGAACUUGCAGCAGUUAUCAGGGCGGAUGCUCCAUACAGAUAACGACAUUUAUUUUACCGCAAAAGCUUGUUUUUAUUACAUUGCCGCUUGGUUGGAUCCGGGGGUUUUAGAUAGUUGAACUGGGGGAUGUGAAUCUCUCCUGCAUCCUUUAUCUUGCGGCGGCAAAAUGGAAACUUUGAGAAACUUCAUUUUGGGGGCAGACUGGGUGGUCGCAAGUAAGCCACAAAGAGGUCCCGGUACAAUUUCUGGCUGAGUACUGGAGCUGUAAUAUGUAUCAUACGCAUGAACGCAAAAUUUUCCUCGUA